AACUGUCAAGCCUGUGGUAGGAUCAGAUGAUCAGUUAUGCCAGACAUGGAAGCUGAUGAUCGGGGGAAGAAUGAUGAUUACUACCUGGAGCUGUCUCCUGAUCCCAUCAGGUUCGAAUCGGUCAGCUGUCUCACAAAUGUGUUUUUCGAUGAUUCGAAACAGCAAGUAUUUGCUGUUCGCUCAGGAGGCGUUACAGGAGUGCUCGUUAAAGGCCCGGACCAAAACUUAAACUUUCGGAUGGAAGACAGAGGCCCGGUAAUAUCCAUCAAGUUCUCUCCCGAUAUGAAUGUACUUGCAAUUCAGCGAACCAAUUCGUCAGUGGAAUUUGUUAAUUAUUCUUCUGUCUCCGGUUUGGAUCAUGUCGAGUACUCACAGUCAUGCAAAGGGAAGAGUGCCACAAUACUAGGCUUUGUGUGGACUCAUGGCACUGAGAUACUUGUAGUCACAGAUCAUGGAGUAGAACUGUUUCAAGUUAAUCCAGAGAAACGUAAUGUUAAAGCCUUGAAAUGCUUAAGUUUAGGCAUAAACUGGUUUGUAUUCUGCCCCAAGAGUUAUAUGGUAUUAUUGUCAUCUGGUACAGUUGGUAAUCAAAUACAAGCAUUACAUAUUACUCCUGGCAAUCUUCACAAAUUGACUAAGUUUGAAAUUGAACAUAACGUAACAAAACCAGGAAAACUGGCUGUUUCCGAAAGGGAUGUAGCAUUGGCUGUAUUAUAUGGAACUCCUUGUAUAAUUUUAUUACGGCAUCAACCGGGAGCCAACCGCUCAAUGGGAACAGCGUUUGUAUAUGUCUAUACUAUACACAAAAUGAUGACUAUUAAAAAGAGUCAUAUGUUAAAAUUGGAUGUUGGUGGAAGAUUUGCUAUAAACGUUGUUGAUAAUCUUAUCAUUGUUCAUCAUCAAUAGACAUCAAUGAUAUUUGACAUUAUGAUGUCUGGUGUGAGUGAUGGAACAGUAAUGCAUCAUACAAGUAUAACUACAGCAAAACCGAUUAAACCUUUUAAUCUCAAAGUACCAGGUACAACCUUGUCUGACCAGACGUAUCAGCCGUGUCAAUUAUAUUCUCCUAAUUGGGUUGUUUUCCAACCAAAUAUAAUAAUUGACGUAAAAUUGGGUUGUUUGUGGUAUGUCGAGCUCAGAUUGGAAGCUUUGGUGACAUUAAUCACGGAUAAAGUGCUUCUAGUAGAAUUUUUAAUGCAACGAUCAAAUGCUAAGCAGAUAUUAAUACAAGUUUUACAGAGUUUUAUGACACAAUUACCUGUAAGUUUAAUGGAGAUGCCAACUGUAUUUGAUAAACUUAACAUUGUGUACAGAAAUUAUUUAGAAAAUGAAAUACAGAACCAGAUGGGAAUGCCUUUACAGAAUAAUGUUAAAACUGUAACAACAGUGGCUGAAAAUUUUAAGUAUAAAUUAUUGCUCGAUCAAAGCGAUAUGUAUAGUCACAUAUUAUCCAAAUUUCCUGAAAAUACAAUAGAACCAAAGAUGAUAAUAUGGGUCCUACUCGAGUAUAUCAGAUCCUUAACUGAACACGGAAUACCGGUGCAACAUUAUUUGUACGAAUUGGUCAUCACGACAUUGGUACAUAGAAAGGCUUAUUAUCAACUGCAUCAAUUGUUACAGUACCAUGUGGUUACUGAUUCAAAGCCUUUAGCUUGCUUGCUGCUUUCCCUAGAAAACUUGUAUCCAGCGGCGCAUCAAUUAGCGUUGGACAUGUUAAAACGGUUGGGGAACGCGCAUGAGGAGAUAAUCGAAGUACUUUUAUCGAAGGGACAUAUCUUGGCUGCCUUACGAUACGUUCGUUCGGUGGGAAUGGCAGAUCAAGUAUCUGCAAGAAAGUUCUUAGAAGCAGUACUCUUUCAUUCGGUCUUUAAAUUUUUUGAGCAGCGCAACUUGAGGUUGCAUAACACCACGGCCUUCACCAAGGGAGAACAUUGCCAGCCAUACGUACAGCAUUUCAAAUACUUAUUCCAAGGAACGGAUAAUGAGUGCAAUUCGGAUACGAACUCGAACGUUACCACUAUUUCUUCGUAGGAUUUCAAUGUCGGUGUUCGUGAGAAUAAUAGGUAAAAAAAAUAAUCGACAUUUUAUUUUUAUUUAACGAAGCUGAUAGAGAAUUUAUGUGUUGCAGCUGCUUCGUAACUCGUAAAUUCCUAUAAUGUUGUAUAAAUAUAUAUUGUUAUGGAUUAUUUAUUAUGA